UCUUCCAAAAAAAAAAAAAAAAAAAAAAAAAAAAAGCCAUCCGAUUGUGUCGAACCAACCCGCAGCGGCGAUUAGUCGACCAAUCGCCAAAAGGGAUCGAUGCCGAGCAUUUCGGCCCUCUAUUCCAUUCAAGAAGUCUCACAGCACAGUUCCAACGACGACUGUUGGAUCAUUAUCGAUGGCAAGGUAUACGAUUUGACUUCAUAUUUGGAUGAGCAUCCCGGUGGAGAUGAUGUUAUCGUGGCUGCAACUGGCAGAGAUGCCACAGAUGAUUUUGAAGAUGCUGGUCAUAGCAAAGAUGCUAGAGAGUUGAUGGAGAAGUUCUAUAUCGGCAUGCUUGAUACAUCUUCCUCAGAUAGCUUAAAACUAGAAACGAGUCAAGUAGACGGUUAUGCAGCUCGGGUUCAGGCCUCGACAAAGCAAUACUGGAAGGCCCCUGUUGCAGUACUUGGUAUUUCUGUGGUACUUGGCUGUUUAUACUUGCGCAAAAAAUGAUUGCAAUGCCAAUUAAAAGGCUGUUAGCUUGUUGAGUUGAGAGAGUUGGUCACAUUUUUGCUUCUUACAAAACUUCAUAUUUGAUUCAAUAUAUUCAUACUAUGAUUGUGGUAGGUUAUUUGUUCCUUAGUAGUAGUAUUGAAGAAAGAAUUCUUUUCUUGUUCA